GUUUAUUUCGGUGAGCUGGGUUACCAUUACCUAAUCCCGAUACCUGUCUCGCGAGAAUCUGCGAGGUGAUAAGUUGGAGAAACAUGGCGACGCCUAAUUUGUUAAAGAACAAGGGGUCCCUGCAGUUUGAGGACAAGUGGGACCUGAUGCGGCCCAUCGUUCUCAAGCUGCUAAGACAAGAGGCUGUCACCAAGCAACAGUGGUUCGACUUAUUCUCUGACGUCCAUGCUGUCUGUUUAUGGGACGAUAAAGGUCCUGCUAAAAUCCACCAAGCCCUCAAAGAAGACAUCCUCGACUUCAUCAAACAAGCACAAACCGAAGUAUAUUUUCCUCUGUAUCUGUUGCCAUGGCAGCGCGUGCUGAGCCACCAAGACGACACGGCGCUGCUGAAGGCGUACAUCGUGGAGUGGAGGAAGUUCUUUACUCAGUGCGACAUCCUGCCCAAACCGUUCUGUCAGCUAGAGAUCACGCUGAUGGGGAAGCAGGGCAGCAACAAGAAAACAAACAUGGAGGACAGCAUCGUACGCAAGCUGAUGCUGGACACGUGGAACGAGUCGAUAUUUUCCAACAUUAAGAGCCGCCUGCAGGACAGCGCGAUGAAGCUGGUGCACGCAGAGAGGCUGGGCGAGGCCUUCGACUCGCAGCUCGUUAUCGGCGUCCGGGAAUCAUACGUCAACCUGUGCUCCAACCCGGAGGACAAGCUGCAGAUCUACAGGGAUAACUUUGAGAAAGCCUACCUGGACUCCACUGAGAGGUUCUACAGAACACAGGCACCGUCCUACCUGCAGCAAAACGGUGUCCAAAACUACAUGAAAUAUGCUGAUGCAAAACUCAGAGAGGAGGAGAAGAGAGCGCUUCGAUAUCUAGAGACACGACGUGAAUGUAAUUCUGUUCAGGCACUUAUGGAGUGUUGCGUUAACGCUUUGGUGACUUCGUUCAAGGAGACCAUCCUAGCCGAAUGUCCAGGAAUGAUUAAACGCAACGAGACGGAGAAGCUGCACCUCAUGUUUUCACUAAUGGACAAGGUUCCCAGUGGGAUUGAGCCCAUGCUGAAGGACCUAGAAGAGCACAUCAUUAAUGCUGGACUGGCGGACAUGGUCGCUGCCGCUGAAACGAUCACUACCGAUUCUGAGAAGUAUGUGGAGCAGCUGCUGACGUUGUUUAAUCGCUUCAGUAAACUGGUGAAGGAGGCUUUCCAGGAUGACCCGCGCUUCCUCACAGCAAGAGAUAAGGCUUACAAAGCCGUCGUCAACGAUGCAACAAUCUUCAAGCUGGAGCUGCCUCUGAAGCAGAAGGGAGUGGGAAUGAAAACUCAGCCCGAGUCCAAAUGUCCCGAGCUGCUGGCGAACUACUGUGACAUGUUGCUGAGGAAAACGCCCCUCAGCAAGAAACUUACCUCUGAAGAAAUUGAGCUGAAGCUCAAAGAAGUGCUCUUGGUGUUGAAGUACGUCCAGAACAAAGACGUCUUCAUGCGGUACCACAAAGCUCACCUGACGAGGCGCCUUAUUCUGGACAUUUCAGCCGACAGCGAGAUUGAGGAGAACAUGGUGGAGUGGCUGAGGGAAGUAGGAAUGCCUGCUGACUAUGUGAACAAGCUGGCCAGGAUGUUUCAGGACAUCAAGGUUUCAGAGGAUCUCAAUCAGGUCUUCAAGGAGAUGCACAAACACAACAAGCUGGCUCUACCAGCGGACAGCGUGAACAUUAAAAUCCUGAACGCCGGGGCGUGGUCACGGAGCAGCGAGAAGGUUUUCGUCUCGCUGCCGACGGAGCUGGAGGACCUGAUCCCCGAGGUCGAGGACUUCUACAAGAGGAACCACAGCGGUCGGAAACUCCACUGGCAUCACCUCAUGUCCAACGGCAUCAUCACCUUUAAGAACGAGGUGGGCCAGUACGACCUUGAGGUCACGACCUUCCAGCUCGCCGUGCUGUUUGCCUGGAAUCAGAGGCCGAGAGAGAAAAUCAGCUUUGAGAACCUCAAACUGGCCACGGAGCUUCCUGACGCCGAGCUGCGCCGAACGCUUUGGUCUCUGGUUGCGUUUCCUAAACUGAAGAAGCAAGUCCUGUCGUAUGACCCGUCCGUUAGCUCACCCAAAGACUUUACAGAUGCCACGCUCUUCUACGUCAACCAGGAGUUCUCGCUCAUCAAAAACUCCAAAGUUCAGAAGAGAGGGAAGAUCAAUUUGAUUGGUCGGCUGCAGCUCACAACGGAGAGAAUGAGAGAGGAAGAGAAUGAAGGAAUCGUUCAGCUCAGAAUACUCAGAACUCAGGAGGCUAUCAUCCAAAUCAUGAAGAUGAGGAAGCGCAUCAGCAACGCUCAGCUGCAAACGGAGCUGGUGGAAAUCCUGAAAAAUAUGUUUCUGCCUCAGAAGAAGAUGAUAAAGGAGCAGAUCGAGUGGCUCAUCGAACACAAAUAUAUAAAGAGGGACGAAUCGGACAUCAACACCUUCAUCUACAUGGCCUAGGCACCCAGCAACGAGUGCAUUUCCGCUGUUUUUCUUUUACCGCUGGGGCCGCUACCGGCGCUUUGUGAUCCCGAAGAGGAGCCGAACGGAGGGAGAGGCCUGACGAAGGUCGACGGAGGGACGAGGUUGAGCCUUUUCAACAAAAGUGUGGACGUUUUUUCUGUUUGUGUGACGCCGGUGUGUCAUUUAAAGAUGUAGCGUUGAGUCGUUGUUUGUCUUCGCUGCCCUCUAGUGUCCAACGGGGGGAAACGCACGGCACGGCGGGCCUUUUUGCCAGCAGCUCAGCUCAGAAGAAAAACAAAAACAGUUACACACUAAAAAUUAAAUACUUCCUGCCUUACUUUCCUCAGCAGAGAGCUGCAGAAGAGAUGAAGGGUGACGUGUGCAGCGAAGGGAGGACAGUCUUUCGCUUUCUCUUGAGGCCUCGGCUGCCGUCUUUGCGGCGGCCAUCUUGCAUCCCUCCUAUUCGCUAUCGCUCUUGUUGAAACUCAGAAUAAUUGCGAGUGAAAGUUGCCGACUGGGAGGAGCGGAGACUGCGACAGGACUAGUUCAGAGAACCGAGGAGUAUUUUUUGCCAAAUUGUGUGUGUUUGUGUCGCGUGGGUGUUGCGUGUGUUUGGGUGCAUGACGUGUACGAGUUCUUUUAUGUGUGUGUAUCUCUAUGUGCACUUUCAACAGCAUGCUGCUCUAUGAUUAUUGUUAUUAUUUUGUUUUUUCCAUCAACGGAAAAACGAUCACACUUUGUGAUGGAGGUGAUUGAGAACCGAGGAUCUGCCGCCGUUACAAAGUCGAUUUUUGAUUAUCUGACUCUGCCAUGUGAUUGCAGUUAAACAGUUUAUAUUUUUAGUCCAUUGCUGAACCGUUAUCACACUGCAAACUAUUUAUUUGGUGUGUAUGAACCAAUGAUCUCGACAUUAUGAAAUUAAAUUCCAAGCCGGACAAAGUGAAA